AUGGCUUUAGACUACCUGACCGCGACACCCGCAGCUAAUGAAGUGGUAGAGUGCACCAAAACCUGUGAACUCAUGGACCAGAUGUUGUCUUCCAUGUCCGAAUUCUGGGUCCCUUACAGCAGUUGGCUCGAAUGUAGAGAGCUUCAAAUCCAACCUGCUUUUUGGAACGUCACAUUGGCUCAGUGGACCUCGGCCUGGAACGCGCACAAAUUGGAGCGGCAGCAGGAUUUAUCAUCCUCGCCAACAGUAAUUGAGCGCGAAAUGGACGUGCCGCCUUCAGAACCGACUGUGCUUUCAAAGAACAGCUUGGACAUGAUUAAAGCGCAGUAUGGAGCUUGUAACCCAUAUGCGUGGUCCAUUCCCGAGACGCAGGCUACAAAGCAGACAGACAAUCAGGAGUCUGCAUUAGCCAGCGAGGAGCUGCCAGAAGCUGCACAGAUUACUGAAAUUUCUGAGCAUACCGAAGUACCGCCUAGAGCUCCUUCAUCUUCACUCGAGGCUAUCACGUGUUCGAAUCAAGAAACCUCGUUGGCCUCGUGUGCAACGGGUGUGCCAUCUUCAAGUCACGUGAAUGAUCACAACUCUUCAGCGUCCGACGAUCGACAUGCCCGCCUCUCAGUUGAACAGGAUUGCGAACAGCUACAUCGGCAACUGGAAGAUUACUCUUCUAUAUCCAUGGUAGUCGAAGCGGGUCACGCAGCACAGCGUAAGCGUGGUAGGAUGCCCACUGAGCCGUUAGAAGAUAUUGCCUGGCAUCCUGUCUCCGCGAUUUCUCAAGGUCAUACGCUUUUUAAGCAUACUGAGACCUUUAUAGUGAACCGUGUCCGGCGUUUCAGCAUUUCGAAUCAGGAAGAGAUCGUCGCGUACACUCCGUCUCCCAAGGCUGGAAUUGGUUCGCUGUUGAAGACUGCGGGCCGAAUAAUGCGCGGGAUACACCUUUAG